UCUCCUUUGUCACCUCUUUAUUCCCCGUUCGCAAAAUCCUAACAGAGAAAAUGUCUUACUCACACAUCUUCAAAUACAUAAUAAUCGGAGACACAGGAGUCGGAAAAUCAUGCCUUCUAAUCCGUUUCGCUGACAACCGCUUUCAACCCUUCCACGACGUAACAAUCGGUGUGGAAUUCGGUGUGAGGACGAUCAACAUUAAUAACAAACCAAUCAGGUUACAAAUAUGGGACACAGCAGGUCAAGAAAAAUUCAAAUCAAUAACAACAUCAUAUUACAGAGGAGCAGUAGGUGCAUUACUGGUUUACGAUAUAACAAGGAGAGAAACAUUUCAUCACAUAGCUGGCUGGUUAGAAGAUUUGAAGCGACAUGCAAAUUCAAAUAUGAUCUUUAUGUUAAUCGGAAACAAGGCCGAUCUCAGUAAGAAGCGCGCUGUAAGUACUGAAGAAGGCGAGAAGUUUGCGAAGGAGAAUGGUUUGAUGUUCAUGGAGGUUUCGGCGAAAAGUGCAGAAAAUGUUGAAGAUGCGUUCAUAAAAACAGCGGGAAUAAUAUAUAAAAGGAUUGAAAAUGGAAAUUUUGAUGUGGUGAAUGAGAGUCGUGGAAUCCAAAUUGGAAGUGAAAGUAAACCAUCAGUAGCUAUGGAUAAUAAGGUCCCUUCUGUUUUUGGUGGAAGCUGUUGUAGCAGUUGA